AUGGCUAUGCGGUCGGUGGUUAGUGAGUCUGGGUAUGAUGGACCGGUCACGGAAAUGGUGAGGAUUGGGUUGAGAGGGGAGAUAGGGGGAGGGGAUUUGGAGGGGGACGGGGAGGGAGAGGCGGAAGAGGCGGCGAGGAUUUGGCGUGAAAUUCUAGAUACAAUUGCGGCCCAAAAAGGAUGUACAAAUUCUUAUUACGGCGGAACAUUGGAGGAUGAGGGAGUGUUGAUUUGGUGUAUUGACUGGACAUCUCUCGCUCUCCACAAAGCUUUUAUGGAUUCGCCAGCCUACCCAGCCUUUCUAGAAAACCUGCAGCCGAUUAUGGGCAGUGUGGAAAUCAUACACGCAAGCAAAUUGGAUGUUGUGGGCGCUAUUGCAAAAGGAAAUGCGGAGCAGAAGGGGGGAGUAAUGGAAGUUGCUACGUUUUAUGAUGUGGAGGAUGUUUUUCUUGAGGGAGUAGAAAACUUCAAAACGGCAAUGCGCAAACUUCACUCGGAAAAGAAAAUCGCGGGGUUUCUUGGCGUGAUAGAUUCCGGAGAGGUAAUUGAGAAGAUCGCUAGGAAUAAAGAGGCGAUGGAGGAAGAAAAGGGGAGAGCUUUGAUUAUAAUGAUAGGGUGGGAGAAUAAGGAGGCUCAUAUGGCAUUUAGAGAGACAAAGGAAUUUGCGGACACUAUAGGAUAUUUGAGAAAGGGGACGAGUGGGGCGGACAUGUUCCAUGUAGCGUUUAAAAAUGCAUGAGUGUGCGAUGCGGAUUGAUAGAUAUUUCUGCAUUACAAUACAAUUCAUACAAUCCAAUACAUACUCCCAUAUCCAAUAUCCAAUAUCCAUACAAAUAUCACUCCCUAGGUCUUCCAUUCUGGGAUUCUCAAAGUCAGAUAUGUAUGGGUUGUUGGGUAUCAUACACAUAUAUCAAACAAUAACUCGUCAAUAUCCUCAAACCAUCUUUGAAUAUACUCUACUAUGAGCUCUCUAUCGAAUACCUAAUCACAUGAACUGAGAAUCUCAUCCCAUGUAAUAAAAGAAGUCUUUAUUUGCUCCGAAGCAUAACAACGAGUUCUUGGUAGAUUUUCAUAUUGGAAUUUACUUUCUAUUUAUAUGAUAUGAUACCAUAUAAACCUUUUACAGACAUGCUGAGAUAUAUAACAUCUCAUCUCAUUAUAUACUUAUUAUCUAUCUUUCUAUCUAUCUAUACCAAUUACUCUUAAUAAAUAUAAUAUUAUAUUAUAUCUCAAUACCCACCUAGGUAGGUAUGGAUACC